GUAUCCAGCAUUCCCUUCAUUCAGUUCAUUCAAGAUUUCAAGGAAGUAGUAUUGGUUGAGCGGCUGCGGGGUUUAACGGCCGUGUUUUCCUUCUUCUUUUUCUUCUCCUCUCUUUUUCUUGUGCUACCGGCAUUGGCACUUCCCUUACUCCUUUUGUGAGCCUUUUGAGCCUUCAAAUUCCGUUCUCGAACCUUCUUCACUUGCUUCCCAGAUUCCGCAACCGCUUACCCUUUUUACGGUUUUCUAUUUCCCUCCCCUUCCGGUCGAUUUCCAAUGGCUUCGUGUAGCUUAGGGACGUCAAAUAUUAAACUGCUCAACUUAGGCACAGCUGGUAAACGAGUCGGAAUAUCACAACAGUAUGGUAUAAGAAGUUGGACCAGUAGGAAGUCACUACAAAACACCCAUUUGAUUGCAUCACAACGAUCAGUUAAAUUUUUAACUGCAUGCAGUGGCCCAUCAUUAAAAAUCCAGUCUGCUACAAGUUCAGAAGAUGAUUCUAAAGAGGUUAAGUCUUCUGGCCCAAUAAGUGAACUUAUUCCCAGUUUCAAUGAGGUGCAAUUUCUGCUCAAUGAAGUGUGUGACACAAAAUCAGUUCAGGAACUAGAAUUGAAGCUUGCUGGGUUCCACCUGCAUGUAGUGCGGAAUUUUGCCGAGCAAAGUACAACUGUACCUCCUUCAACAUCCCCUUCUGUUAGUGCAAACACUGUCACAGAAUCAUCUGAUUUGAAUGGAUCAGCUUCCACGUCAUCUUUGGCCAUCUCUAAACCAGAAGCUUCUUCGGGGAGUAAGGGACUUCUGGAUAAAGCUGCAGACGAAGGUUUGGUUAUAGUUACAUCCCCAAGGGUUGGGUUCUUUCGGACAUCUCGAACCAUAAAGGGAAAGCGUGCCCCACCAUCAUGUAAAGAGAAGCAAAUAGUAAAGGAGGGCCAACCCAUAUGUUACGUAGAACAGCUUGGUGGUGAACUGCCAAUCGAGUCUGAUGUAUCAGGGGAGAUCGUGAAGAUUCUUAAAAAGGAUGGAGAGCCUGUUGGAUAUGGUGAUGCACUUAUUGCAAUCUUGCCGUCAUUCCCAGGAAUAAAGCUUCAGUAGCCAUUAUGGUGGUUGUUUCGUUGUGCUAUUAGAAUCACUAAACCGGGAAUUGUGUAUACAGAAAGAGAUGAUCAAAUUUGCUGUUUCGUCCUUUGUUUUCUGUUACAGUUAGCUGUUAGCAAAUUCUUUGCGUUUUAUUACUUUGCCUAUGGUUCUAGGAAGAAACUGAGAAACAAAUACUCCCAAACAUAACCGGAGAUCUAUUUCGAUUUCUUUGAGUAAUAUUUGCAUUUGGUUGUCCAAACUCCAACUUAUGCUUU